AUAUAAAAGUUGGAUUGCAGUAAAUGUACACUAUGUGCCUAAUAGGUCUGGGUAAUUAAAGGAGAUGUGAAAUCCUUUCCUAGUUUUGACACACAUGGCGUGACCCCCAUUCCAAGGAAAUGCUUUCUGGCACAUUAUGCACUCUUAUUUGAGAUGUAGAUUGUUUGUGCAAUACAAUCUUUAAUCAAUAAAUGGUACUGUGCUGGUUUGUCUUGCAUUGCCAUUGGUCCAUUUCACAACAAUAUGGGGUAUUUUCCACAUAAUAAGCACAUAAUCAGUUUUUCUGCUUUCUUAAGGGUUCUUGCUGUGACAAGCAGGAGAGGGUCCACAUUUAGUUACUGAAAGAAUGGGAAGGAAAAGAGCAUCCUUGGCUUCACAGCUUUUUGCAGAGCUCAUGUCUGACCAAAGGGGGGCAGCAGAAGCUUUAGUAAUUGCAGAAGUUAAAUUAUAACUGUUAUUAUGAUUUUUCUAUCAGUGUGCAGGUCCAUUCCUGAGGCCAAGCUGAAAUAUGCACUACCACUUCAAUUUAAUAUCUUUAUGCAUCGUCAUAUAUAUAUUUAGCUCAUUCUUAAAAGUAAAUUGAUGUCAUUACAGAUUUGGCAUUUUGAUUGUGAUGAUUUUGUUCUGUGCUCUGAGUAUUUUCUUUUUUCCUUAAAACUAAUAAAUAGAGUACUUUAUUGGUAUCCUAUGUGAAAUGGGAAUUUUGCAGCAAAAACUAAAUAAAAUAAAUGCAAAUAAAAUACAAAAAGGAUUUGAAUAAGGUUUUUGAAAAAAAUAAAUAUCACAGUCCGAAAUAAAAACAAGUCCCAUUCUAUUUGUAACCAUAAGGUUUAUUGAUAUAUUUAAAAUGUGUAUUUAAAAAAAAAAAAACCCUUUAGCUCAUGCACAAUUUCUUAAUAUAUUUAGUACAUUAAAAGUGUAGCGAUUGUUUAAAGAUUUGCGUUCAGCUUGUUGUUUUGUAUCUGAUCAAAUGUGAGCCUUAAUUUUACAGAAUAGCAUUUUAUUUGUCAGCAUGUUCAAUAUGAGUUUUGCACAGCAGGGGCAGUUUAAAAACAGGUAACAUGACUACAGCUGACAUUUCAUCAGUUAAGAUAAUUCACUCUCUGUUCACUCCAAAGUAUACAGACGGGUCUCUGAUGUCCUAGUCAACCCGAACCUACCACACACAGGACUUGAUCAGAUGUGCAGCUCUCUAAAGUCAGAUUUACUCCUUUUGUGUAGGUUUACGUGAUAUAAGUCAUGUGAAUUUGUUAUACAUUCGCACCACUGAAGAACAGUAUUAACAGUGACAGGUCUUCCAUCUUCAGGGAACUGUGUCAACAUCUAGUUGUAACAUUUGUUUGUGUAUAUUGUGCUUAUUCCAUAUGUUUUAAGUGUGUUUUGUCAAAGUUCUUCAUUCUUUUAAUCUGGAAAUGAAAAACUCAGAAAACAUCAUUCCAUCAUAGAAGUAUUGUAAAGGCAGCUGUGACUGUGGGAACCAAUUAUCUUUAUUAUCAAAAAAAAGAAAGAAAAAUAGUAACAUGAAAAGCCACAUAACAUUUUUUUUCUUUUCUUUAUUUUCUCUGACCAACAGUCAGAAUCAAAUGCAGUUGAAUUUACUACACAGAGAAAGCUAUGAAAUGAGACAUCUUCACUUUGAAGAAGUUGGUGCCAGUAAAUUUGAUUAAACACAACAAAGCAAAUUAAACAUUUAUUUAAUAGUUGAAAAUUGUCAACUAACUAAUGAAUUAUUUUUAAAAAAUUAGCUGUAUAGGAUUAAGUAAUAAAACUGACAUGUGCUUUAGGAGUAAAUUAUUGUAAUUUAGUCAUCCUGAAUACUUAUGGUAUUUUGAGCACAUUUGGAUUCCAAUACUUCACCGCUUUUACUUAAGUGACAAUGAAUACAGAACUACUACUUUUAACUGAGUUUUCCCACUCAGGUGCUGCUUUAUGUUGGAAAUCUCACCACCACACAUAUUGUUUUAUUUUAAGUUUAAAAAAUUCCUGAAGUGUAAACAGAGAAAUAAUAUCGUGCUUAAGUAUUUAAGUACAGGCAGAAACACAGUUUCUUCAUGCACUGGUCAGUUUUGACAGUUUUGGUAUUCUGCUUCCGUAAUAUCUCUUCUUUCAGGCUAGUCAAAAGAAAAAUGCACAUUUAUGAGUUUUUUUUUUUUUUUUUUUAAAUUUAACUACAUUUUGUCUAUUUAACAUUUAAAUUAGCACAUGUUUAAUAGAUAACACUUCAUAUGCAUAUUUUGGAAAACUAUGUCUAAAUGUAAGUAAUCAGCUGAAGAAAUUUCAUAGUCAUGUCUUUUAGUUUAAAUUUGUGCCCGUUAAUUGUAGUUUCCAAUAAAUAUACAUGGAAUUUUACAAUGACUUUAAAAGCUGUUUUCUGAAAAUAGGUUUAUUUUUUUUAAUCCCUCGAGCCCCCCCAAAAAACCCAGCAGUAGUAUUUACAUGCACCAAACAAUAUAGUCUGAAGGAUUUUACUGAAGGAGUGGUUGAUUUAUAAUUCAUAGCCUAAUUUAUUAAACAUUUUAAUAUUUCUUUCUGGCUCUUGAAGGCGUUUUCUGAUUUAUGAAGUGAUUAAAAAAAAAGGAUAUCCAAAAAUCUAUGUUAAUAAGUCAACAAAAAUGAAAUAACAAGCUGUCUUUUUCUCCAAAGUUCAGAUUUCUGUUUUGGAAAUAAAUGCAAAUUAGAACGUUUUUGGUUAUAAAGUCUCAUUUAUAUUGAGACAUAACAUAUAUGAAAACUUGUAAUGCAAAAAUCACAGCCUUUAUUAAUGUAUAAGUUACAUUCACCUGUAGUGUCUCCCAUUAAGUCAGCGAACUUGGUUAAUUCAAGCUUUUAAAGAGGUUUUUAAAACUUCUCUGCUUAUACCACACUGUGUGCAGUUUUCUAUACGAAAUAGAAUAAAUAUAAAAGAGGUUUAUUCUGUGUCAGCCGGUCUAACGACAUCAUAGUCUUAGACAAGCGACGGAGUCAGACACCAACGGCAACUCCAGAGCAAGAAUUUGCCAUUAAAGUAAGUUUAAGACCCAAUAAAAAGUCACACAUAAUGCACUAAAUGACAGCUUAUUUAGAGUUCUGUCUCUAUAAAGCAAACGACUUUUUUUAUUUACUGUCUUUAAUGUUAAUGCGUUUGUAAUUACGCGUUUUAAGAUGGCGAAAACCCGGAUUCGAACGUUAGCUUGUGCCAACGUCUUUGCUACGUGCUAGCUAACGUUAGCUUAGCAAAAGUUUACAAGCUAGCUGUGCUUAUUACGACUUAUAUUUUUGAGCUAAAGUUAUCAAAUUUACCAUUACCAGGGAUGUUUAAGCAAACUUGAUUGAACAAAUAUUUAUGCAAUGUUCCCAGACUCAAAUUUAAUAGCUCUAACACCACAGUUAAAUAAUUUCAAUAUGUGCCCUGUAAAACAGCAUUUUCCUGAUCUCAUCCUGUCCUCCUACAGAAAAGAUGUCCUUUUCAACAGCUUCUAAAACCAUCCAUGUGCCAUCCUCAUCCAGAGAACACGCCUGUGACUCUGUUGGGCUGAUUUUGAGCCAAGGUGGGUGUUUGACCUACGAUCAGGGGCAGAUGUUGGGUCCAGAGCUUGGUCUGAUGGAGAUGUCAGAGGUUGAAUAUUCACACCUUCAGCACCUCAUCCAAGCAGACGUGGAGGCCCAGGCGGGGUGUCCACAUUGUCCAGACGCCAGAUCCUACCCUGCUGCUGUCGUGGUUAAAGAUGUCCCUGAAUCCGCAGUGAUUUGUCCAUUCACUACCACUCAAGCUAUUGACCUGUCUACUUCUAGUGAUGACCACUGUCUGGUGAUGCCAGGACAAAAGACACCAGCUUCUUACGGAGAUGUCCCGGGUUUUGUGCUCGCCAGAAUCAGAGGUGAAGAAAACACAAGUGAAGUACUUGCCAACAGCAGUAAAACUUUACAGAAGAGAAGUGGAUCAGCUGCCAGAAUUUGCUUGGAGAAAAGAUUUAACACUGUGUCUGCUGACACCCCAAGGCCGCAAGAUAUUCACUCUGCAGUUCUUUCCAAUUUUUUGACAGUACUUAAGCAGUCAGCAGAGGCAGUCAUACAUCCUCAAAAGCAGAAGUGGAUGAAAACCGACAAAGCAGAUUCUUUUAAGGUUUCCACCUCAUAUGCAGGCAGUGAUUUUGACCCUGUCACCAACAUGUGUCGGCAGGUAAUUGCCCACAUGGUGGAACCUAACAGGCAUCAGGGUGUAAUCAUUCCAAAGACUUUUGUGUUGAAUUUUCACCCAGACAGGGUUGUUGCAACAGCUCAGUAUACCAGCAGCAGCAACCCAGCAGAAGAGCAGAAGAUGAUGAAGACUGAAAAGGAUGUGGCGACACCUGCUGCUUUUAGGAAUCAUUGUAGCACUCAAAGCUUUCAACCAAAGGCUGCUAGAGUUGCCACAUGCCCAGCCGGACAUCCACGGGACGGCGCCAGGAAAAGAACUCUACCUUGUAUGUCCCCCGGUGAGCGCCGAGGGAGACACAACAUUAAGGAGAGGGAACGCAGGAAGAAGAUUCGUUUGUGCUGCGAUGAGCUGAACAUGAUGGUGCCGUUCUGUGGCUCAGAAACAGACAAAGCCACCACACUGCAGUGGACCACGGCCUUCCUGAGAUACAUCAAUAAGAUGUAUGGCAACACCUUCAAAGAGGAGUUUCAGAAGGUCUUCACUUGUGAGACAGGAGUCCUUCUUAAAUCCAGGUCUUCUUCAGGUCAGGACCCAAUCCAGCAGAACAUGGAGAAGACGCUUUCUGUUGCAGCAGAACAAUGACAUCCUCAUUGUUUUAUCCAAUCCGUCAGCCACAAACAUGAGUACAAUCUAAUUUAACAUUUAUAGUAGCUUUGUUUUUCAGUGAGGCUAUGUUGAUUGAUGUUAUAUUUAAAACAACCAAAUAUGUCCUUUUGAAUGUAUUACAAUGUUUUAGGAUGUGGUCGGUUGUCAGUCCAAGAACAUGCAAUGCUGUGAUGUGGUCGGUUUGCUUCAGUUGCGUCUCAAGACCACAUUGCACUUGGAUUGCCACAACCUUCUACAAGGUAUACAAACCGCUUGUAAAAAUGUGUCUUAAAAAAGUGGAACUUUUGACACACAGGUGGCACUGUUUCCCUUUGAAAAACAGAUGAGACAGUGCUCUAAUUGGCAGACUCCUGCUCUUCACCUCUUCCAUUUUAAUAUCUGCAUCUUUCAUAAGCUUGGUUCAAAUUUGCACUUUUAUUAAAUGUUUUUAUUAGUUCUUUUGGUUAAACCUUAUUUAUAAAAUGUUCCCCAUCUUGCGGCCUACUAACUUCUAUUUUCUAUUUAUAUAUUUAUGCAUUUUGGUAUAGAAGUAAGUGUUGCUGCUUUGUGAGUUCAAGGGAUUAUUUGAUUUCCCAGUGUUUAGAGCAUAUUACUCUGAAGUGCAGACUGUCCAUUUGAUAUGUAGAAAAGAGUAAUGUUUUACUGAAAAGUGGCUUUAUUUGUUCUUUCUUACAACAUGUCGCUGUAGCAUCUUACUGUACAUACAACAGUCACCCACAAAUAAUAAAUAGUAUUUAACGUCAUGUAUAUUUAAUAGUUACAGCACCGGUAGUACAUAGUGGAUGUGGUCAUUGCAGAUUGGAAAACAAUACUUUUUUAAAAGAGUCUUAAACUUUCUGUAUUUUACAAUAUUUGAUUCAUGCAUCCACAAGUUUAUUUUGGUUUUGAUUCUCAAAUCUGGAGAAUCAACUUUGCAUGUAACAAAAAAACCAACAAAAGAAAAAAAAAACAAGCCAUAAAAAC